AUGCCAGCUAUCACUACAGGCAAGAUCCUCGACCUGCUUGAGCACGGCUUCUCUGUUCGCGCUACGGUACGCUCUUUGGAGAAGGCCGAUGCUGUCAAGUCCGUCUUCGGAGCGACGUACGGCGACCGUCUCGAGUUUGUAGUCGUCAAUGACUUCACCGCGAAAGGCGCAUUCGACGAAGCCCUCAAGGGUAUCAACGGAGUCGUGCACGCUGCCACCCCCGUCCGCCCUUCCUCUGACGACCCCGAGGCGUUCAUUGGGCCCGCCGUCCAGAGCGUGUCGGACAUUCUCUCCGCGGCCAGCGCCCCAGGCUCGACCAUCAAGCGCGUCGUCUACGUCUCCUCCGUCUCCGCUGUCAACGAUCCCGCGCGCUCCCCCGAGCUCCCAGACGUCUUGACGGACAAGGACUGGAACGAGACGGACGUCGUGACGGUCAGGGAGAAGGGCAAGGCGGCGAGCCCGUUCGCGAAGUACCAGGCGAGCAAGACGCUUGCGGAGCGCAAGGCGUGGGAGGUGUAUAACGAGGGGAAGGCGAAGGGUACUAUCGGGUGGGAUUUGGUGACGCUGUGCCCGCCUUGGGUGUUUGGGCCUUAUUUGGGGGAGGUGACGCCCGAGGGGUUGAACUAUUCGGUGGGGGCGUGGUACAGGAUGGUCGUGCGGGAGACGUUGCCCCUCCCUCCGCCGCUCAAUGUACGCUGGACGGAUGUGCGCGAUUUCGCUGAGGCGUCCCGCCUGGCGCUCACCAAGCCCGAGGCGGGUGGCGAGAGGUUCCUCAUUUCUGCUCCUGAUUUCUCUUUAUGGGGUCGCUGGGUGAAUGUGGGUCGCCGCGUCCUAGGCAAAACCGGCGAGCCGAGGCCAGAGAGCCCCGAAGACAGCCAGAAGCUGGCUGGCUUGGACAGCCAGAUGUCUCAGGACCUGCUCGGUCUCAAUUACCAUACAAUCGAGGAGACUACUGCGUUCAUUCUCGACGACUUCAAGAAGAGGGGCUGGGCUUGAGGGAGCUGAAUAGCGUCGAUGACGAUCCUACUGACCCGAGU